AUGAACAAUACUUAUCGGAUAAUUGUUGGAUUUUCACUGUUUGAUAUACUCCACAAAUUUGAUCACAAAAUGGCGCUCAGGUUCAAAGAUGGCGAUCAAGAUAAGUUUGACGACAAAAUGGCGGACAAGUUUCCUAGGUACGCGGGAAUGAUCAAGUUUCGCUUGGAAAAAGCUGGACAACGAAAAAAAUUGUUCAAUCAAGUUGAAAAUAAUCUUUAUGAGAUUUUUUGUAGAUAUCUUCCUGCUACUUUUAUUCGUCAAUUGUUUUUUUAUUUUAGUAAUUCUGAAUUGAGUAAAUUGGCUUGA